CAUUUAAAUGGUUCAUCCUCCAUAAAACAUAUAUAACUCACACACACUCUCCAUCACUAAAGAAAGACAGACGCCUUUGAUCAACCAUGAAGAAGCUCUUCAAGUGCCUGUGGAUCUUACUGGGGUUUGUAUUGGUUGUGAAAAGAGCAAAUGGACAAGAAGAGAAUGCAGCACUUUGGGGCAAAACCACUCAGUCAUCAGUUUAUGCAGGCUCUAUCCCUGAACUUGCGCUUGAUGGUUUGCUCGGCAGCUGGACUCACACUAACACAGAGACCAACCCGUGGUGGAGAGUGGAUCUACUGAAGGUAUACAGCGUGAACAGAGUGACCAUCACUAACAGAAUCAGCUUGUCUUCGAGGAUAAACGGGGCUGUGAUUCGCGUCGGGAACUUCCCUGACAUUUACAGCAACACCAUAUGUGGUGUAAUUUCUAGUCUUGCGGCCAGCGCUACGGCCACUUUCUCAUGCGACGGGAUGGUGGGACGUUACAUGGUUGUUCAUAUUCCUGGAAAUCAGAAGAUUCUUAGUCUUUCUGAAGUUGGAGUCUAUGGGUAUUUGGCAGGAAAUCGGGCAGUAGGAGGAGCUACUACACAGUCGUCAACAUCUGGGAGCUGGUUUGCUGGAAAGGCCAUUGAUGGUAAUCGAGGUCUCCAGCAGUUGUACACGGGAUGCUCCUCAACCCUUAAUGAGACUAACCCGUGGUGGAGGCUGGAUCUGCGUGAUGUGUACCGAGUUAGUAAAGUGGUCGUCACUAACAGACGAGACUGCUGUGUAGAACGAAUAAACGGAGCGGAGAUUCACAUCGGGAACUCUUUGGAGAACAACGGCAACAACAAUCCCAUAUGUGCUGUUAUUCCUGCUAUUCCAGCAGGCGAGUCCUACAACUACUCAUGUGAUGGGAUGGACGGACGUUAUGUGAUUGUUCAUAUUCCUGGAGAUCAGAAGGUUCUUACUCUUUGUGAAGUUGAAAUCUACGGGUAUUUGGCUGCCACAUUCCUGUAUCUGCUGCCUAAUAUCUCUUCUUGUGAUAAUCUGUCUAAAUUCUUCCUGAGCCCCGCCGCUAAAGCUUUGGCUGUUUUCGAGAAUCUAUGGGAGAGGUUCACCACAGUCGCAUGCCCCUGCAUGGCUGGGUGCCCCUCCCCAACUAGUUUAAAUGGGCUAGCCAGUGUUGGAACAUUGCUCGGCCUGUACUCCCUGUCCACCAACGUGCCCCCGGAUAGCACACCACCUGAAUCCUCCUAUCACCUGUCCUUGGUUACGUGUUCCUUUAAUCAGACUAACCCGUGGUGGAGGCUGGAUCUGCGACAUAUUUACAGAGUUAGUAAAGUGGUCGUCACUAACAGACGAGACUGCUGUGCAGAACGAAUAAACAGAGCGGAGAUUCGCAUCGGGAACUCUUUGGAGAACAACGGCAGCAACAAUCCCAUAUGUGCUGUUAUUCCUGCUAUUACAGCAGGCGAGUCCUACAACUACUCAUGUGGCGGGAUGGAGGGACGUUAUGUGAAUCUGAUCAUUCCUGGAGACAUGAAGAUACUCACUCUCUGUGAGGUGAAGGUCUAUGGAGAAGGUCCCUGUUUAAAAAGGUCAUUUGUAAAAAUGCAGUUUAACUCCGGCAAUGAUUUGACUGACCUUUCAAUGAGAGAAAAUGUCCUGAAACAGUUGGGAUCUGCUCUUGCUGAUCGAGGAUUCGCAGAUGUGACACUGCGAUGGACUCAAACUCCUAAACGGGUUAUCCAGAAGGUGAAGGAUGCUAAACGUGAGUCUGUUCUCUCAACUUUAGUCUCAUAG